CGUACGAGUAAUCGAGCGCCGAGUCCUCGAUGGGACCGGCCCCUCCCCCGCCAUUUUACACUCGCGAGUAAGCGGCGCGGCAGGUACCGGCCCGGGUGAGCCCGGCCGCCCUGAACGGGGGGAGGCGGGGGCUUGGGCCAGGCCGGGGGGCCAGGGCGUGACGCUGCUGUCUCCCUUGCCGGCCCCGAGCCGGGCCGGGCCGGGGGAAGGCGCCAUGGAGCCCGGCGGUGGGCGGAAGGAGAAACCCAAACCCAAGGAGCCCAUCAGCCGCCUGGAGAAGGCCAAGCAGAAAUCCGCCCAGCAGGAGCUGAAGCAGAGGCAGAGAGCAGAGAUCUACGCCCUGAACAGAGUGAUGACGGAGCUUGAACAGCAGCAGUUCGAUGCCUUCUGCAAGCAGAUGCAGGCUUCUGGAGAAUGAGACCCUCUGUCUGCCAUCCCAGGAUUGCCAGUGGCAUUUUAGACCAGGAAACAACAUGGAUGAGUGGUGGUCAGAGCUCAGUGUUCCCAGGCAUCUUUCUGCUGACCAUGGGCAAUAAUAAAAAAAAACAUACAGAACUGCACACUUGCAGAUAUAGAGGGGGUAGGAUCACUUGUACGGCAUGAACCUUGCUCCACCUGCCCUUCAUUGUAACUGCCUCAGACCCAUUGUCUGGAGUUUUCCCAGCAGCAGUGCAGAAUCCUCUGGUUCAUCCUUGUUAAGAUGGUACAUUUUUCAUUGUUUUAACACUGUCCUUCUUAAAAGUAUUUAUUACUUUGGUUUGACAAAUAAACAUUUUUUAAAAUAAAAAUUGUGGUUGCCCUUACCUGGUCCUGACGCAUAAGGGAAGUGUCUUCUAAAAGCAGGAUGUCAUGGUUGGAGCUGUGAGCUGUUGGCCAGGAGAAUGAGACUAUCACCCAUUUCUUUUAAAUGCUACUGGAUACAAGACCGACCAGUAACUGGGUGGGCGCUGAGAACGUGGGAGCAGAGAAUGGACACGCAGAGAGCAUGCCAUUAGCACACAGCUCUGAGAUCAGGGGAGGGUUGGGAAGAGAGUACCCACUGACAGGAUUUGAUACCUCUCAGCUAUUGUUUGUCUGUAUUCAUCUGGGGGGGAUGUGCUCAUUCAGCUAAGAACUUCCCAUUGUGAUGAAUGGGCCAUGUCACACCUUUGUGAGCCUCCUAUACUGCAGAUGGAGUGUAGAGUCUCUACCCUAGUAGGACCUACCCCGUGCUGUCCUCCAGCUUGCAGAUGCACUCCUCACAGCCCCAUAGGUACCACAUUCCAUCUUGCUCAUGGUGCCGGUAGCUUGAGCAAGCUGUGCCCAGGCAGCUCCCUCAUCGCCUCUUCCCUUGUGUGUUGAGAAAGUGGUGAUAGUGAAACUCACUAACAAAAAGAGGCUUCUGUGAAAGGGGAGUUGUGGCUGCCUAGCAGUAUCUUGUGUUCUUCCUGAGUGUUUCUGAAAAUGUUCACUUUGACUGAAAAAAAUUCAAGUGGUUCUGUUACAGGUAUUUAAGUACAAGUGUGUAUUAAAACAUGCAUCUGCUUGAAUCUCUGCCUGUAUUCCCUUCAUCUUCCCAGCUCAAAUUCAGUCACCUUUAUUAGACUACUCACCUCUUUGGCAGUCGCUUGAAUGGGCACUUAGUACAAGUGUCACUGUUUGUAAGACCAGGAUUUGUGAAAGAAGAGUGUCCCCGUGUCUCUGACUGAUGCAGGAUGGAUACAAAUUAAUGAGUAAAGUGAUUAAAGAUAUUGUAAAAAAUCUGAUUUAAAUCAAAAACUGGAUUUUUGAUUUAAAUUAAAUACCAAUUUAUUUUUUAAAAAUAAAUGUACUUACAUUUGAAAUUGAAAAUCUAUAUCAACACCUGAACAUAUAGUACCUUAAAGUCAAUUACAUUAAAUACAAAAAAUAACAAGCAGUAUGUUUGCUGUCAAAUUUUAAAGAAAGUCAAACCACUGAACUGGGGGAAGUCUCUGGCUAAGUCCCUGGAACCAGCGUUUGUUGAAGAGCUAAAUCAGCUUUUGUCAGCAGUAGCCUCUGCUGCAGGUGCAGAGAGAAUAUUUUCUUCAUUGUUGUGUAUUUAGCUAAUUCACUUCAAUGGCUAGUUCGUUCAAAAUUGAGAAACCGAUUGGGAGUUGACAAAGCAAGAAAGCUUGUUUUCCUCUUUCAAUCUAUGAAUACAAAUUAGGUGUGAGAGGAUGAGAUCUGGAACAAUUAGUUCAAUUCACUAACUUUAGAUAACGCUUCCUUCAUUUAAUAAAUCAGUUUUAAAUGCAAAAUAUUUUGAUAAUUUUUUUCCUUGUGUACCCAGCACUGUUUAAGAUAGAUUAAAGUAAUUUUUUAAAUGCU